AUGUGCCAUCCUGACCACAUCAUCACCGAGUGCAAGAAUCUCAUUGAUCCUGCAAAGAAGCUGUCAGCAGCUUGCAAUUAUGGAAACUAUUACACAUUUGGCGUACUGGAUGGGAAGAUUCAAAACGGAACCCAACAGCGAACCCACCAACGCUUGAGGACAGCAGACAGGCAACUGACAGCGACGAUCCUGUGCGACAGCCGGUCCGCCCUGCAGGCGGUUCAAAGCGCGAGAAACAGAUCAGGACAACGCAUCGUUCACACGAUCCUCCAGGCUGGCGCCGAGGUCCUAGCGGCGGGAAUCGCACUCCGUCUUCAAUGGAUGCCGGGGCAUUGCGACAACCCUGGUAACGAUGCUGCAGAUCGAUUAGCAAAGGACGCCGCCAGCCCAGGCAAAACCCAUCCUUUCCGCCCGCUCCUCACCAGAGAGAGGGCGUUCAUCCGUCGGAACAUCUACUCUCAAUGGGAACAAGAAUGGAAAUCAUCCACCAAGGGCGGUCACUUACGAAAGAUCGAUAACACCCUGCCAGCAACCUACACUAGAAGGCUAUAUGGGAACCUGCCAAGAAACCGCGCGUACCUCUUGACGCAGCUGCGCACGGGCCACAACUGGUUAUCCAGCUACCGCAAGAAUGUUGGUUAUAGUGACGACGAC